AUGGAUGAACUUUCGGAGGGAUCUAUUCAGCAUGAGCAAAAAUCUGAUGAUGUUCUGAGUCAAAACAAGGGGGAUGAUGUGAUCAAACCUGUAUCAUAUGCUGAAUCGGUUAUAAAUGCUAAUAAUCGGAAGAUUAAUUUUAGAUCUCUCGCUAGUUCUGAUCGGCGUGAGGACUGUGAUGUGGUUUUACCGAAAGAUUCUGUUCGUGUUGUUACGGACAAACUUGCCAUCACGUUGUAUAGGUAUUUCUUGGGAGAUCGGAUCGCUUAUCCGGUGGUUGAUUACUUUGUGAAGAAUAACUGGAAAAAGUAUGGGCUGCAAAAAUCCAUGAUGAACGCUAACGGGUUUUUCUUUUUCAAGUUUGCUGAUCGGUCGGGUAUGAUGUCCGUUCUCAAGGAGGGUCCAUGGAUUAUUAGAUCUCAACCUAUGUUUUUCUGUGAAUGGACACCGAGUACAAAGCUGGUUAAAUCGGAGGUAAAGAAAGUCCAAUUAUGGGUUAAAAUUCAUGAUGUUCCUCUAGCUGCUUAUACAGAGGAUGGCCUUAGUUUGAUUGCCACAGCAAUUGGUGAACCAAAGUUGCUUGACUCCUAUACCACUUCGAUGUGCCUGGAUUCCUGGGGUCGAAGCAGUUAUGCUAGGGCCUUGAUCGAAGUGUCGGCUGACAAAAAGCUUAAAGAGGAGAUAACAAUGGCUGUUUCGGACCUCCAAGGUGAAGGGUAUGUUAAGGAGACCAUGUAUGUAGAAUAUGAAUGGAACCCUCAUAGGUGCUGUUGUGUGUUUGGCCAUGCUGAUGAUCAUUGUCCAAAGCAACCAAGAAAGAUGGUUAAACAAAACAAUGGGGAUAAGCAAAAUAAACCGUUUGAUUCUGGAAAACAAUAUGACAAAAGGCUGGUUGUUGAUGAUGAAGGGUAUAUGGGUGUUCAAGCUAAGAAAGCGGCUCGGAAGGCUGGCUUUCCAGUUAACAAGCAAAAAAUGAAGUUUGAAUAUAGGCCGGUGGGCCCAAAACCGAAGGAAACUAAUAAUAAAUCGGGUCCGUCUAACUCCGUAUUCACUCAAAACCCAUUUUCUGUGCUAAAUAGUGUUGAUAACUUGGAAGCUGGGGAAUCUAGUAAAGGUAGAGGUGGUGAACAACAAGUGUCGGAUGAUGAAGAAGUUCUUGAAGGUUACAAUGAAACGGAUGAAUUUAUGGUGGAAGGUACUCGUAACCCACAUAAAAAACAAGGGGCAAGCACUCCUUCUCAAGGGGUUUCCAAUGGUUAG